AUAUGUGUGUGUGUGUUGUUCACUCAGCAGUUCAGGUUUGCCAAGUUCAAUACAUUGAUUGGGAUUUUCUUCCAAAGUUUAAGAAUUUCAGAAGUCACUGCCAGAGAUAGCAGUCAUGAAGCUGGGCCAUAUCUUUCUGUUUGUAACUUUUGCCAUCUGCAGUUACUCUGCUACAGCAUUCUUCAUUGGUAAUCCCAUCAACAAUAUUCUGCCCCUGGACACCAUCUUCACCAUUAUUGAUCCACUGAAAAUGGUCUUGAAAACACUGGGCAUCUCUGUGGAGCACUUGGUUGAAGGACUGAAGAAAUGUGUGGAUGAGCUGGGUCCUGAGGCUUCUGAAGCUGUUAAAAAAUUGCUGGAGGCUUUGUCCCACCUGGUAUGAUUUCAGGAUGAUGAACAGAACAAGUAAUGGAAUACUUCAGGAUCUUCCCUUAUCUUUCUCUUAUUGUUUUUCUGUUUUAUCUUUUACCUGACUCCAGAAAUCCUGAACUAUAUCAAUAAAGCACUUAGAUAAAAUUUUCCUUGUUAUGUCUUCUAUUUCUGGGGAAUGGGAGGAAAAUGGUUAGGGGAAGGGCUACUCUCAGAAUUAUAAAGGAAUUA